CAACUUUCUACUCUUUAUUACACUCUUUCAACUGAAACACGAUGCGUCUGCUGAGCCUCCUGGGCAGCGUGGCGCUGGCCACGGCCACCCCCCUGGUGAAGACGUCGUACGGCGACCUGGUGGGCACCGAGUCGCCGUAUCGGCCGGGGGUGAACGUGUACCGGGGCAUCCCGUACGCGAAGCCUCCGGUGGGCGACCUCCGGUUCCGGGCGCCUGAGAAGCCGGACAACUGGACGGGGACGCUCAACGCGACGGUGUUUGGCCCGCAGUGCAUCCAGCCCAACACGGGCUCGUCGAUCUUCACGACGGGCGACAGCGCGCAGAGCGAGGACUGCCUGUACAUCAACGUGUGGACGCCCGAGAACGCGACGGCGGGCGACAACCUGCCCGUGUACCUGUGGAUGUACGGCGGGCGCUACUACCUGGGCUCGGGCGACGUGCUGACGUACGACGGGUCCGGGCUGGCGCAAAAGGACGUGAUUGUGGUGACGUUCAACUACCGGCUGGGCGUGCUGGGCUUCUUCGCCCACCCGGAGCUGAGCGCCGAGUCCGGCCACAACUCGUCGGGCAACUACGGCCUGCUGGACGCGAUCAACGCGCUGACCUGGGUGCACGAGGAGAUCGCGGCGUUUGGCGGCAACCCGGAGCACAUCACCGUGGGCGGGCAGUCGGCAGGCUCGUGCUCGGCGCUGUCGAUGAUGUGGAGUCCGCUGACGGAGGGACUGGGCCUCAAGGGCGUCAUCGCGGAGACGGGGGCGCGCUCGGUGCACGACCCGAUGACGGGCGGCUCGUCGACCAGCUACCGCGACAAGGUGGGCGCCGAGACGUUUGGCGAGCUGUUCCUGGAGGAGCUGAACCUGACGAGCGUGGCGGAGCUGCGGGCGAUGAACGCCAGCGACCUGUCGUCGUACGGCUACGACAACGACAUUGUGUACGAGAACACGCAGUUUGCCAACCUGUCGGCGUUUAUGGAACCCCCGGAGUUCCGCCCGGUGGUCGACGGCUACGUGCUGACGCACACGUACGGCGACGCCCUGCGGCUCAACGCGCACGCCGACGUGCCCAUCCUGACGGGCAACAACGCGGACGAGUCGGGCGCCGACGUCGACCCGGGCCUGACGCUGGCGGAGUUUGACGAGGACUUCAGCGCCAUGUUUGGCAACUCGUCGGCGGCGGCGUUUGCGCUGUACCCGGCGGACAACGCGUCCAUGGCCGACAUGCAGAACAACGCCAUCUUCCGCGACCUCAACCGCAUCGGCACCUGGGACUGGGGCAAGGACUACAACGCGGGCGGCGCGCAGAGCAACGUCUACACCUACUUCUGGACGCACGCGGCGCCCACGGGCAGCGGCGGCGCCUUCCACGGCUCGGAGCUGUACUACGCCUUUGCCUCGAUCCCCUACGCCGACACCAGCGCCAACUGGACCGAGACCGACUACGAGGUCAUGGAGACCAUGUCCACCUACUGGGCCAACUUCAUCAAGCACAGCGACCCCAACGGCGACGGCCUGGCCGAGUGGCCGGCCAACUCCGCCGACAACCACACCUGCAUGUGGCUGGGCAACCAGUUCCAGGCGGGCAUGCUGGCCGAUCCCGUUGAGCGCAUCGACUUUUUCAUGGACUGGUUUGCGACGCAGAGACAGUGGUAGUAUGAGUAUGAGUAUUAGAUGUAUG